AUGCAGCCCAAUCUAACUAGAAACAAUUUGACUGUCAGUGAAUUCAUCUCAGCUUUGAAUAAGACCAAUUCUACUACCAGUAUCCCUUAUUAAAUGGUAGAAGAGCCUGAGGAUGAAAGAGUUAGUAGAUCUUUAGUCUUUCUGAUUAUUCUAUACUCAAUAAGCUUCGUUAUAUUUAUUGUCUCCUUCUAAGUAAUAUUAAAGCAAGCAAUAGUGAAUUUCAAAUUCAGAAACAAAAAUGGAUUAUCUAGUAACUUAAGCUAAGGUCAACUAUUCAAAGGCCUAUUUUUUGUCUGCUUAUUUGUCACCUCAUUAUCUUGGGAUCUUCCAACAUUCUUGAUGGUCAUAUCAUUCUCUAUAUUCACCUAUUACUUGGCUAAACUCACAAUUGAGAUUGAAAAGGAGAAUAAAACUGGAGAAAAUUCAAAAGAGAACUAUUUCCCUCAACUGAGAGAUGGGCUAUUAAAUAAGAAUGAUGAUAAUAGAAAUAGUCCAACUAAAUUGGGGAACUCUAUCAAAUCUUCCACCAAAUACGCCAAUAAUUAUAGUAAGCUAAGGGUACACUUGCUUAUCCCAUUCGUGGUAUUAUUUAACACUUUAGCCUUGCUCUCCUUCAUUUUCAUACUCAUUUCUUAUUUCAAAGAGGUGAAUGAGGGAGCUGAUUAAAAAUUAGAUGAGUCCUAAGACUGGUGGGAAGCUAAUUAAUACUUUAACUAUUCCAAAUCCAUUAAAGGUUUAACUGGACUUAUUUUCAUGAUAUUGGGAAUCACAAUUCUUAACUAUGGAACAAAACUAGAAACUGCUGUUUCAAAUUCAAUUUAAAAAUAGCAACCUUCGCAAGUGAAGGACCUGAAUGGAUUGGAUAUUAGAAUCCUAACGAUAACUAUUCUUCUAUCAAUGGUAUUUUUGUGCAGAGCAUUAGUCGAUUCACUAUUUGCCUGGACUCUUCUCAAAACAAACUUGCAUUACCCUCAGUUGAGUCUGAUAUUAAUAAUGUUCACAGAGGUAGCACCUUCUGUUAUAAUCACUACCAUAAUCAAGAAAAAUCAAGAAUUAUUAUAGCAAUAAUUGAUUGCUUAAAAUGGUUAAAUCUAUUCUGGUUAAAGAAGAUCUAAAUCUCCAAGAAAGAUUGUAAGAAGUCCAUAUUUAGGUGGUGUUGAUAUGAGCGAGAAACUUUUAACUUAUCAACACAUCUAAUACUAUUCUGGUAUGAAAAAAACUACUCUAGGACUGAAGAAGAAGUAGGACAUUUCAAGCGAUAAGAAAAAAUUAAACUCUGAUAGCAGCGACGAGGACUCAAUGUUUGGAAGCUUCAAUCCCAACCUCAACACUAAAGAUGGUGAAGUUCAUUCUCACAAUAAAUUAUAGAGUAGUAGAAUCGGGAGAAUAGGAAGUAUAGAUACAUUAAGCAGAUUCACAAAUAAGACAGGAUCUUACAAAGGACUUCUACUCUUGGAAAAGGCACCAGAUGAAAACCUUCUCCUUUAAGUCCAGAAAGUAAAUAUAGAUCUCUCUGAUUAAAGAAAGUUAAGAGAUGGAUCAGCCAAUAGAAGAUUCAAUAAUAUACAAAACAACAAAAAUGUUGUUUAGGAGUUACCUAACGAAAGUAUUUACACUUAAAAAUCUUAAAAAGGAGAGAACAGCGAUGAGAGUGAUUCUGAAGACUAGGAUGAAUCAGAAAAUGAAACUACUCAAAAAUUGGUGUAAAGUCCAAGCUAGUUAUAAAUCUAGCUAAUUUAAUAAAGACAGCAAGUUUGA